CCAUAACACGUCAUGCCACCGUUCACAGACCCAGGAUCACACCCGGAUGGGCGGCGACGCGAAUCAUGCCCCCUCGUUGUGAAUCUUGACAGCGAUUCCCUCAGUCUCUCUGAUAUGGCCGGUCGUCAAGAGCAGCCACUGAGCCGACAGACGGAGCGCGACUCGCCGGUGCCCUCACCCCCCACCUUCAAUGUCGAAGGCCAACACGUCUUCCAUAGGAUUGGCAAUUUGCCACUGUGACUGAUUUGGACUUCUCUCCGCAUACGCACAAACGGAUGAGUCGAUUUGCUUUCUGCUGAGCCCAGGGCACCGCAGACGUCAUUGAUUACCCUCUGGAGGCCUCAGAAUCAGCAAAGGGCCUCAUCUUCCCCGGCGCCAUUGGCGAGCUCAGAUCGCUGCCGUCCUCCUCCUCCCGCUGCCUCGUCUGUCCGCGAGAUGGCCUCUGUAUCGAGACGUCCCCCCUGGGGUUUGCUGCUGUUGGGGCUAGUUUCGUCGUGACGGUGAUUCAGAUGAGCGAUUUGGACGAGCUAUCGUGUGCAGUGGUCCUGCGGAACGUCACCAUGGUGCGCUUGCUGCUCAACAAGUACGGCGUAGACCCCAAUAAGCUUAUACGCGGGAUGACGGACGGAGUCACGGCUCUUCACGUGGCGGCAGCGCGAGGCAGCCUCGAUGUGGCAACGGCGCUGAUUGAUCGUGGUGCUAACGUCGACCGGCUGUCAGAUCACCGAAUAUCGCCCUUGUGCGUGGCCGUCAUGGUCAGCGACGGCGCCAUGGCCGCAUUGCUGUUAAGGGCUGGCGCUGACGCGGAGCUGCCGUGCCUGAAUCCCGAGGGAAGCUUAGCUGAUUCGAGUAAGGAUGGCCUCUACAUGAAGACACCGCUCCUGAUUGCAGCAAAGUACGGCAAGCACAAGGCCAUCGAGGCGCUAUUGGAGCAUGGAGCCAACGUGGAAGCUACCGACCCACGAGGCUUCACGGCCCUUCACUUUGCCGCCAGACAGAAGGACUUCUUUCACACUCGUCUGCUGAGCACUCGUCGGCAUGCAGCGGUCGCCUCGCUCGUUCUCCGUCACGGUUUCCCUAUGCUUGACGCGACUCAACAGAAGGGCUGGUCUGCCUUCGAUCUCGCUUGCCGCGGGGCUCUCUUCACGACCGCCAGACAGAUGAUCGAGCUCGGCGCGGCCGGCGGCCGUUAUGCUCCCCUGCUCAAGCUACCGGUUGCUGUGUUCAAACGAUCUCUCCUCGGGUUGGGUUUCAUCAAGCUGUUGGAGACUGGGCAUGCUGUUCGGCAGACCGUCGCUGAGAGGAUGCGUCGCGCCAUAGUCCGUGGACACGUAGAUACGUUUGUGGCCUUCGAGGUGAAUGCGACCUGGCCAUCAACUAUCCUCAUGGAGAUGCACUUGAGCUCGUUCUCGAUACAGAAAUCCUACCGCUAUGGGGUGACAGGAGGAACUUUCAAGCCAGAUGUGGAACCUACAGCAAGGGAGGCCACCAACACUCUCAGGAGUCUGAGUGUCGUAGAAGGCGGCUCGCCUGAAGUGUCGCUCGUCAAGUGGUGGCUGUAUAUUGCGAUCCUGGGCGGUAUGUGUGGCUGUGUGGCCGUCGGGGUGGGGCGUGGGCAGUGCACGGCCGAAGACAGCCGACUCGACGGCUCAGCAGCGGCACGGCAGGCGCCAGAUGGGACGGCGAGGGCGAUGCGCGGCCAAGAGAGGCACCGUCCCACCCCAGGCGCACGAGCAGAUGUCGGCGAGAGCUAUUGUUCAGCUCAAGAGGGACCUACAGGAGGGCACAGAUAAGAAAAACAAGUAGGGCACAGACAUCGACACGUCACCCGCAAUUGCCAUGGCUGUGCGUCCCCUUUGCAGUUUGUCGCAUCGCUACGAGGAGCUGUCGGCUUCGCACCGACAUGCUGUGGAACGAAAGAAGGAGCUGCAAGAGGCCAUACGAGGCCUCAAGCAGACCGCCAUACCAGAGUGAGUGAGUUGGGGCAGCGCCAUGUUGUCGUCUGACAAAUGCACUUUCAUACCGUGUGUGUGUGCUGCGUUGAGUGCAGGCUGAGCCGUGACGUGUUGCUGUCGUGCGAGAGUGCUGCUGAUGCCCGUGCCUUCGGUGAGAAGGUCCGACAAGAGCAUCAGCGGCUCGACCAGCUAUACGACGCAGCAAGCGACGCGGCACGAGAGCGAACCACUGCAGUAGUGGCCAGUGAGAGCCCAUCAACAGUAGACACGCCAGCCAGGUGGGGCGGGCAGCCAGGCAGCCCUCGCUGUGGCCGGCUGUCCUUCUGUGUGCGUCUGUAUGUUCUCAAUCAGCUCGCCGACAUCCUGUCGGUCUCGGGAGCAGUCGGUGUCGCCCGAGCCGCCACCAACAGAGGUCCAGCUGCGGAAGAUGCUCCAGGUUCUCAAGGCCGACACAAAACAGUAAGUGAACGAGGCAUGUUGCGGCGGCUCUGUUGCCUAGUGGAUGGGUCUGUCACCCACUUUUGGGUCCUUUUGGUCAGGUUGGAGCUGGGCAUUGCGGCGUUGCGGACCAACUGCGACAAGACGACAGCAUCCUUGCGGCCUCUCGAGGAUGAACACGACGAGCUGCUCCAGGAGGCGACCAAAGGGUGCGCAUCAAUACAACAGACAGACAGACACAUGGAUGAAUGGAUGGAUGGAUGGAUGGACGCAUGAUCACUCGUCUCCCAGGUUGACAAGGGAGCGUUUGGCUGCCCUCAGCGACCCCAAGGCCGUCCAUGACUUCAAGCGGCAGAUCAAGGAGAGGCAACAGCAGCUGCUGGCCCUCUACGCCGAGGCCAGCAAGGCGGAGGAGAGACUUGGGGGUCCUGGUGGCCAAGUCCCCGACCAUCGUGUGCUUCCCCUGCAAGCAUCAGAGUCUCUGUGCGGCGUGCUACGAAGGGCUGCUGCGCUCUCAUGAGGCGGCCAAGAGAGAGAAGCAGCGGCUCGAGAGAGCCCACAGGCGGCUGCCAGACGACGUACGGCGUGAUGCCGUCCUCAGGUGCCCCUACUGCAGGGCGACAGCUGAGUAUGCCAGCGUUGCAUCCACAUCACGACUUAGAUACAGCUGGGGGGAGGAGGGCGGGAGUUGUACAGUCCUGGUUGUAAGAAAGCUCGACUGCCUGUCUGUUCUUGCCGUUCUUGCUGCCUGCAUAACUGCGUCAGCUGCGCAGGGUAGCAGCCAUUAGCUUUCAGUCUGGUGUACAGUGUGUGCCGUAUGUGGUUUAGGUCCCGGCUGUGUCUGAUCUGUGCCGACUGCGGCAUAUGUGUGUGUGUGUGUGUGAUGGACUGACUCGAUCAAGACAAUGUACUGAUACGAUGCCGACGUGUCCAUUUCAAGUUCGUC